GGCCGCGUGAGUCGCAGCGAUCGCGUGCGUGGCGGUGUUGGUGGUCAGCGCGCCGUGCUAAGAACCCGGCCACAACACCGGCGAUGUCCAUCAUCUGGACCGGUCCUGGGCCCUCCCUGAGGUCGACUCAGCCGCAAAUGGGCACCUGAAGGAGCCGUCGGUGGGAGCCACGCUGCACACUCCCAUGGCCUUACGACGGCUCCUGUAUUGGCGUAAAGAUCUGAUGGCUUUGGUAUUGUUGCUCAUGUCAUUGUUCAUCAAAUCGACUCAUUCUUUGGAGGACAUUGCAAAUACUCCACCUUGCCUGACCCCAUCGUGUGGCCACUUUGGCACCAAAACACGUUACGAGGACGUGAGCAAGUACAGUGGAUGGGUAGGUAAAGAGGAAUGUCGGGCAAUGCACCUCAAUGCUGUGAUCCGCCACGGGACUCGUUUGCCGACCGCCCGUCAAAUACGCGCCAUGCGAAUCAUGCAUCAGUUGAUGGCUGCCGGCACCACGGCACUCGCGCGGAAGAUUGGCGAGUGGCAUUUCUGGUUCCGUGAAGAGCUCGGUGGAGAACUGGUCGAGAAGGGAGCUAGAGAUGAAGCGCAACUGGCAGAGCGGCUUGCUGAACGAUUCCCGGAUUUAUUAGGCACGUGGGCCGUCAAUCACAAAUCCCUGCGAUUCCUCAGCAGCUCCAAGCCACGUUGUGUCCAAAGCGCCACAGCCUUCAUGCGUGCCCUCCGGCACCACCAGCCUGCACAUUACCCGGAAAUUACAGUCGACGACCGGGUCAUGAGAUUCUUUGACGAGUGCGACAGGUUUGUUGAAAAUGUGAAAGAAAAUGUGAGUGCGCUCUACCACGUGAUCGCCUUCAUGGAGGGCAAAGAGAUGUGGAACGUGCAGCGGAAAAUCUCGGAGAGGAUCGGCGUGCCUCAAGAACACGUCACAAGAAAAUUAAUUCAAGCCGCAUUUUACGGCUGCUCCUUUGAACUCGCAGUGAAUGGAACACACUCAACUUGGUGUGAACUCUUCGAUGCUGAAGAUGCCAAGGUAUUGGAGUAUCUGGGGGACUUGAAGCACUUCUGGCUGCGGGGGAGAGGUUAUCCCAUCAACAGCCGGAUCAGCUGUGUGCUGCUGCAGGAUAUAUUUACUGGUUUGGACCAGGCAGUUACUGAGAGGCAACAGUUGAAACAAGUGUCAACACCGGCAGUUUUGCGAUUUGGACAUGCAGAAACACUCAUCCCGUUACUCACAUUGCUGGGUUUUUUCAAAGAUGAAGCUGACCUCUUGUAUGAUAACUUUUCUUCAAUGCAUGCCCGCAAUUUCCGGACCAGCACAUUUUGUCCUUAUGCAUCAAAUCUUGUUUUUGUGUUGUCACAGUGCGAGGGUUUGGGCAGUUGUGAGCGUGACGAGGAGAUCAACUGUGCUGAGGAAGGGCAGGAAUCCACCUUCUAUAUACAGCUCUACCUCAAUGAGAUCCCAUUGUAUCUCGAUGCCUGUGGUGCUACCGUUUGCCCUUAUCAGAAGUUUAAAAAUUAUUUUAUUAAUAUACUUACACAAUUCCAUUUUAAGAGUGAAUGUGAGAAUUUAACUUCAAACCUAAAUAGAUUUCGGGAAAGUAAAUUGUAUUUGUGAUGAAACACUGGUUGUGUUUACUUAUUUUGCACAAAUCAUUCACAAGACAUUCCUGAGUUAUCAUGUGAACUUAAGAAAAAAAGAUGUAAACAAUUGUUUUUUAUUGUUGAAAAUUAUCAUGGAAUAAAAUACCAAAUUUCUUUGAA